AAAGUAAUUGUAAUUCAGAAUUAUGAGUCGAAUGUGUGGAGCAAUCCCUGGAUUGUAGUUUUUCAAGUUACUCAACUUAUAACUGUGUUUGACAAAUUGUUUUUUUUCUAGUGUUUUGUGUAAUUAAUUGUUUUGCUAUUGUUUAAUAGCUGACUUGGUAUUUUUACUCUAUUGUUAUGUGGGUCGAACUAGUUUUGAAUGGCGUUUCAAACACUAGUUAAAUAAUGUAGGCGUUUGAUUUCAUGUACCUAUUAUAGUUAUUUGGCAGUGUUCUACCUACAUUAUGUUGGAGUAAAAUAUUCGUUGGUAUAACUGAAUAUUUAAUUUGUUUUUCUUAUCCUUAAUCAUCAAUAUGUCAGUAACUAUUCAGCAGAUACUGUCAGAUGCUAAACGUCUCGCCUCCAAAUUAAAAGAAGAUGAUUCACACGCAGAUGCAUUACUCACUCAAACUCAAUUUGUUUAUAAAAAAAUUGAUGCUAUGAAACAGUAUACCGAUGAUUUAACUGAAUUGAAUGAUAUGGAAGAAGGAAGUAUACCUCAUGAAGAUAUAGUGAAUUCCAUUCGAACUGAAAGUCGGCAGCUUCAAGAAAUAGUACGAGAAAAUAAAAUAUUAAGAGCAAUGGUAACUGAACAUCAAACUGCACUUGAAAUGAUUAUGAGCAAGUAUCGAUCACAAGUUUCUCAGUUAAUCACACAAACAAAAGCAGAUAGAUUAAUGACUGAUCUCACAGCCAAAACAAUUGAAGAAAAGAAUGAGCUAAUAAUUCAACAGGAAGAACGCAUUAAAGAAAUGAUAGCUGUAAUGAGUCUUGCUUCACGAUUAGAAGAUGAAGAAGCUAGUAAAAAAGAAGAAACUAUUAGAAGACUACAAACAGAAAACCAAACAUUAAGAAAACUGUUAAAAAUCUCUAGUGACCUACCUUCAGAUCAAAAACCAGAAAAGGUUUUGUCAUCAACAUAGAUUUAGUACAAAAUAUUUUAAUUUAACACAGUAUUAUUUUAAUAUUAAUUUAUAUAGAUUUCAUAGUAUAAAAUAAAAAUUGUAAUUUAUACUAUAGCAGUUAAAAAAAAACAAAAUUGAACACAAAAUUAUAUUUAAUUACAAAUGGUUAAAAUUCAGUUUCAUAUAACGUUAUAUAAGGAACUUAUCAUCAUGAGUAUUGUGAUGGAAAACUAAAUGAAUGUGAGCCAAUAGAACCAACAAGUGGCAAUCCUCCAACAUUAGGUACAAUGUUAUAUGAUAAUGUUAAAGUAACAUUUUUGUUGCCCCUAAAAAAAAAUUAUUUUCAUAUUUUAACAAAGAUUAUUUUCAACUAAUUAACUUAAAGAAUAGUUCACAAAAAUAAUAUAUAUAUAUUUAAAACUAGGAAACAAUAUUUUUUUUGUACUUAGUCUUUAAAACUUUUCAUUUAUUGAAAAAUCUAUUUUUUGAUUUAAAUUAUAUGAAUAAAGGUAUA